GGCGGAGCGCGGCUCCUCCACCUCCUUAGCCUGCUAAGUCUUCCCAUCCUUGCCCAGCUGGUGUGGUGCUCGUGUUUCCGCACCUCGUCGCGUAGAGUCGCUGCCGAGUGGGCGCUCGGUGUUCGGGUCGUCAUGGCUGGUUACGAAUACGUGAGCCCGGAGCAGCUGGCUGGCUUUGAUAAGUACAAGUACAGUGCUGUGGAUACCAAUCCACUCUCUCUGUACAUCAUGCAUCCAUUUUGGAACACUAUAGUCAAGGUAUUUCCUACUUGGCUGGCUCCAAAUUUGAUAACCUUCUCUGGCUUUCUGCUGGUUGUAUUCAAUUUCCUACUUAUGGCAUACUUUGAUCCUGACUUUUAUGCUUCAGCACCAGGUUACAAGCACGUGCCCGACUGGGUGUGGAUUGUAGUGGGUGUCCUCAACUUCAUAGCCUACACUCUCGAUGGUGUGGAUGGAAAGCAAGCCCGGAGAACCAAUUCCAGCACCCCUUUAGGGGAGCUUUUUGACCAUGGCCUGGAUAGUUGGUCAUGUGUUUACUUUGUUGUGACUGUAUAUUCCAUCUUUGGACGAGGACCGUCCGGUGUCAGUGUUUUUGUUCUUUAUCUCCUGCUAUGGGUAGUUUUGUUUUCUUUCAUCCUGUCCCACUGGGAAAAAUAUAACACAGGGAUUCUUUUCCUGCCAUGGGGAUAUGACAUUAGCCAAGUGACUAUAUCUUUUGUCUACAUAGUGACUGCGAUUGUGGGAGUUGAGGCCUGGUAUGAACCUUUCCUGUUUAAUUUCUUAUAUAGAGACCUAUUCACUGCAAUGAUUAUUGGCUGUGCAUUAUGUGUGACUCUUCCAAUGAGUUUAUUAAACUUUUUCAGAAGCUAUAAAAAUAACACCUUGAAACACAAUUCAGUCUAUGAAGCUAUGGUUCCCUUUUUUUCUCCAUGUUUGCUCUUCAUUUUGUCUACAGCAUGGAUCCUUCAGUCGCCUUCAGAUAUUUUAGAGUUGCAUCCAAGAGUAUUCUACUUUAUGGUUGGAACAGCCUUUGCCAACAUCACAUGUCAGCUGAUUGUUUGUCAAAUGAGUAGCACCCGGUGCCCAGCUUUGAAUUGGUUCCUGGUUCCUCUUUUCUUGGUUGUCCUGGUGGUAAACUUAGGAAUAGCCUCUUACGUCGAGAGCAUUCUCUUAUAUACUUUAACAGCUGUUUUCACUCUGGCCCACAUCCAUUAUGGAGUACAAGUGGUAAAGCAGCUGAGCAGCCAUUUUCAGAUUUAUCCUUUCUCAUUGAGGAAACCAAACUCAGAUUGACUAGGAAUGGAAGAAAAGAACAUUGGCCUGUAAUCUACAGAAAAAAGUACUGUAAAUAAGAUGCUUGUAAAUAUUUCAUCCAUCACCAUUGAACUAAAAUGACCUGCUUAACAGACCUGGGAACUCAAAUUUGUAGAGUACUUGGACAGCAGGAGGGAUACAAAUGAUCUGAACUUAUGGAAUUUUGGAUCUGCUAACUCCCAACUUAUUUUAUUUUUUAUAAAACCAUGUGGCAUUUUGGUUAAGCAUAAUGUACUUUAGACAAGCAAAAUGUUUCUAGUGAUUUUAGCUUCAUGAAUCUAUGGUAUUUUGGUUCAUGCAGAGUUAAGGAUGCUUUGUUUUUAUUUUUAAAGUCCCCAAAUUGGUUUAGGAACACUGAUAACAUUAAGAAAAUGGCAAAAUGUUUUCAUAUUUGGUACUACUUUAGUAGUAGGUCUUUAGCGGUGGAAGUUAUCAAUAGCCCAAAUCUAAAACAGGGAAAAGGUAAGAGCAAGUCACCUUUAGCAAGAGAUGCCAAAUGAUCACAGAACUAUGAUGUACAGUUAGUUGCCAAAUACUGGUUUCUCUUUCCCAUGGAAAUGCCUUUUUUCCUCAUGCGCUGAGAGAGCUGGUAUAUAUAUAUUUAGAUUCUCUAGUAUUCUGGCUCUCUUUGUUUGGGAGAGAUCUUGAUAAAUGACUUAAUUUUCUUUUAAAGAAAAAUGUUCAGUUGACUUACCAGAGAGUAGAUCAUAAUUGUAGCUUACCCAUUGACAUGGUUCAUCGUUUAAAUGUGGCAUUUCCCCCCUCAGCUGCAAGUUGCUGAGACUGGGUACCCGAGAACUAUGUUUAUAUGAAUGCAUGUGACAGCCCCAGUCUUACAAUAAUUACUUGUAGGGAACGCAGGUAAACUUCCUUAUAAGAGAAAUUUACUUUGGACUUAGAAAUCUCAUGAGCCUCACUAUGAAUUCCCGCUAUGAACCGCACUACAAAAUUAGUUUUCUGAUUCAGUUUGCCCUGCCUUCCUUCCUACCCUCCUUCCUUCCUUCUGUCCGUCCAUCUCUUUUUUACGGAGGUGAGAGUGCUGUGUUUUUUAUUUCAUAAGGGUAAAGAAGUAGAAAUUCUUCCCUUCCUGACUUGCCCGCUUCCCCAUUUGAAGAAAGUUUUUGAUAUAUAUGCCUUACUGAGUACCUACUGUCUUUAAUGUGACUUGGAAUAAUUUUUGAGGUUUACUGACAAACAUAAAAAUCCCUUUGACUUAACUGUGGUUGAUCUGUAGAUUACACCUUUUCAUGAAUGUGGAUAUAUUAUUUCUUUUUGACUCUGUCUCCAUUUAGUUUGGUGGUGGUGAAAUUUACUUGCUGAUUUUCUUUUAUUUUCCACCGAAUGAAGUUUGUGCUUGAAUGAAGAGUGUAUCUUAAACCCUUUUUUUUUUUGGAUGGAUUGCACUUGGAUAAAAUAGGCACCACUGUGUUGAUAUGUAAUUAAAUUCUUAGCCAUUAUUUAUCUAUGAAUGUGACCAUUGUUAAAUUUAAUUAUAGUGUAUUCCUUUUUGAAUUUCAGUCUGCUGCUUUGUAAAAAUAACUAUGUAAUCGAUAUUUCAGCUUUUAAAUUUGUAAAUCCUAAUCAUUGUCAUCUAGGCUAUUAGAAAUGAGGAGUCAAGGAGCUAACUUACGGUUCUGUACUCAUUUUUAAAAAUGGUUCAUAAAGAUUGAGAUAUAUUCGGUGACUUUUUCUGAGACUGAACAUGAUGAGAAAUGGAUGCUGGAAAAUGUGGAUAGUGAUUCUAUGUUAAUAAAUUGCCAUCAUGGAGGUCAGAGAAUGAACAAAUUAAGUAACGGUAACUCUGUUUUUUGUAGACCUUGUUUUUUGUCAUCUAUAAAAUUGAAUAGGAUUAAGUGGUAAUUUGGGCUGGGAACAAAGCUUUGUUCUAAGGUUUCUGAGCUAAUCAUUUUACCUUUUGUUGAUCUUGUACACAAGAAUGAGAUUAAUCUGUAUUAUAUAAGAAGAGAAUUGAGAAAUGUUUGUAAAUGACAAAUUUGGACCACAGGCUUUCUUCACCUUGUACAGUAUAGUUAAAAAAAAAAACAAAGCCCUCUGGUGUAGGGUCAUGUUCUAUACUUUUGGGGCUAUUUUACCUCAGAGUGUCUUUCUGUUCUUUUUCCAUUGCAUCAAGUUUAUUUGAAAUGGUUUUGUGCAUGUACUUCAUGACCUGUUUCUCCGUACGGGUAAAGAAUUGCGCCACAGUUUUAUUGACACCAUUAGAUGAAAGGUGGCUGUCAACAAGAUGAAAGUGAAACUGAGUGAAGUACUGUUUGAGAAUACCAUGGACUUGUAAAUCUUCAGUGGACUGCUGACUUUUUCUUGGUUUAGUCUGCCAUCUUGAACUUACCCCGAAAGUCCCCAUUUGUUGUUUAGUGAUAUAGCAGCUGAAGCAGGACUUAACUUGCAAAUAGCUCUGUGCAUUUGUGUCAUACCAAUUAUCAUAACAUUUCCAAAGUAUAAAAGAUAUUUCAGGCUUAUGCAUGAUAUUUUGGGGUGAGUCUUCCACCCCAGCCUUUCUCCAGCAUACACUGAGCUGCCUUUGGGGAGCAAUGGCAUGGUUGGUCAUACAUGCAUGUUUUCUGUACAUUUCAGAAUGGAGUGCCUUAGCCAGGCCAGAUGUUUGCUUUGUGUUUCUGCUGACCAAAGUUAUCUAGACCUGUGAGAAAUUACUUGUCAGGUUAUGGUAUGAAAAAUGUCCUUUCCUGCUUGUCAGAAAUUAAUUCCCCUAUAUUUGAGGGGAGCAUGGGAUAGAAAAAUCCUUAAAAUGCCUGGAUAGAGUAUGUUGUUGCUGCCUUUUCUGAUCCCUUACUAACAUUCAUGAUCUCUAGUGCAUUACACAGUUUUAGAUCCUCACAGUUGACACUGCCGUUCUUCCAUUUAUACAUAAUAGAUGUAGUUCAUGAGUUUUAGUUUCAAGUAAUGGAGUGAAUAACUUCAAAAUAAAAAACUAAAUAGUCCUUGGCCUUUUAAUAAUAUCAUGCUUAAAAUAUUUUAAAUUCUAAUUUUAAAAAGCUCCAUGCUGAUUAUGGUCUAGAAUGUUCUACUACUACCAACAUGUCAUUUAUUUUAAUAUAGAGGUAUGGGGAAGAGGAGUGUAUGUCUAGAGUUGCCCAAAUUCUAAACAGGUACUGAGAAAGCAUUAAUUAUGACCUGGAGUCAGCUUUGGGGGAAUAUGGAAAAGAAAAAUCAGGCAUAGGGUCCGCCUGAAGGAGAGAAAGGAUCACCUUAAUGCCCAGUGCCUAAAGUGCUCAAUGGUCCUAAUGCAGUGCAGAGUUUAAAAUUGUCACAAUUUAAAUUGUCGUUCCGCCACUAACUUCAAAUUCAUAUGUGAAUUUGAAAGGUUCCCAAGUGUUCAGUUUUCAAAGAAUUUAUUUUGUAGUCAGUCAAAAAACAUUUGGAGUGUACCUUGCUUUCCGAAGUAGACUUUGCUUCUAUAACCUGUGGAAAAUAAAAAGAUAAACUGAAGGUGUUUGAAUCAGAGGGUCCCUUUCCCCUUUAUAUUUUAACUAGAAGCCCAUGUGUAACUCUUCCUUUUCAUUUUUCAGCCAGUCUUGCUUUUGACUUGCUACCUCCUUGGACAGAGACGCCCACUUGCUUUGAGCACCUAGGUCUUGCCACAUUCCAAAUCUCCUGGAUUGCCUUAGAUCUCUUGACAUGUCAAGGACUGGGAAUAUGCCAGAGGGAACAGAGUAAACCCGAUAGGCUAGAACUUUUGACUUUGGGUCCCCCAAAAAGCCAAAAACAAAUACAGAAAUCUUCGGUUGUGUUGAGUCCUGUGUUCUGAGUGGCUUUUAUCUUGACCUCAGUUCUGGUCUUAAUUGAGCACUCUAUAGGAGAUUUCUGGUCAGAUGAGAAUUUUCUUUGUCCUGUGAGGUGUCUUUGUAAGAGCAUGUCCUUUCUUGAGCACCCUGUGGGUGAAUUACCUUCCUAAGUUAGCUGCCAGUACUAGAACCUUCCAGAAGGAAUUUUAAUUAGUAUGCUGCAUUUGAAGCACUUUGACAUGUACAUUUUAAGUGAGUUUUAACAGUAAUACGGUGUUAAACUAAUCAUUGUAAAACUUGAAAGUGUGAUGCUCUGUACAUCUUAGGAAGCUUAAGUAGAUUUCUGAUUUUUCCUUUAUUAAUUAGGUAACCCAUGUGAUUUGCAUAUUUUACUUUUCAUCUUUGACAGUGGCACAGAUGACUGACAUAUUGGUAGGCAGUUACAUUAGGGUAUAUGGUAAAUCAUGGUUGUGUAGCUUUUCCAGAGAAAGUGGCGACAUGUUCCUUGUGUGGAACCCUGGGAGUGGGAUUUAUUGGCUAAUUCACUGCAGUGUUUCUACAGUGCAAAAUAAAAGUAACCUUACUUUUUAAUCCACUUGCUAAUAAUAUGCUUCGCUCUUUAAUAAACAAGUGUGCAAGAGAUAGUAAUCUAGCUGGGUUUUUGUUUGUUUGUUUUGUUUUGUUUUUAGGCAGGGACCUGCUCUUUAGACAGAGAUCUUAAAUGAGCUUAUAUUUAGGGAAGCAAAAGAUGUUCUGUCAUUUGUAGCCCUCUCACAGGUGGCCUGAGUGAGGGAGUGGUGUUUCAUUUUGUCAGAAAGACCAGGUUCCCAGAAUUGGAAAGUAGUACAUGGACUGAUUUUAGAAUAUUUCAACAAGGCCUUAUCUCUGUAGGAAAGUCUAUUUGGACCUAACAGAAGGUUUGUCUGGUCUUCUAUAGACCCAUUCAUGUUGUUUUACUCUUCACAGAAUCAUUUUUAGAAAGGUAGGCUAAAUCAGAGUGGUGCUGUUUUUAAACCUUGUGAAUUGGAUCAUGGCCAUAUAGUACCUAAUGCGACAUGGAACUUAGAGACAGUAUUAAAGAUACCAGGUGUGGGGGAGCCUGGCUGGCUCAGUUGGUAGAGCGUGCGACUCUUAUUCUCAGGGUUGUGUGUUCGAACCCCAUGUUCGGUGUCGAGAUUACUUAAAAGAAUCUUAAAAACAAAA